ACAUGCCCUUUAUCUCUAAAGAGUGACGGAACCAAAUGGAUUUAGUUUCUUAGAAAAUGUUUCCUGACCACAUGACCUCCAUGACCACAGCCCGAGGAGGAUAAAAGUCCCCGAAUCACGGUGGAGGGACAGACCGAAAGAAACCGAGACCCACAUCAAACCAGAAGCUGAACCAGGCGAGAUGAAUUCAAACACAGUUUACUCCUGUGGACUGCUGCUUCUCCUGCUAAUCCAGGUCCAAGCCAGACCCAGGCCACAGCACGACCUCCAGACCUUGUCCAGAAUUUUAGAAGAGGAGUUGGAGCGCCUUCUGAUUCAGGAGGAGCUGGACAGCGAGGCUGACGAUACCGCUGUAGGGGAGGCCUCUCCAGAGGUAGAAAGUGUCCAACCUGAGUCGGAGCUGCCUUGGGACAGGGACUCCCGCGAUUUCCAAACCAGGCACAGCCUUCACGAUGCACGUUUAACUCGACUGCUCGCCUACAGCCCUCUCCGAUUCCGGGCCAGAAACAAGAAGGGGUCGGCGCGGGGCUGCUUUGGAGGGAAACUGGACAGAAUCGGUGCCAUGAGUGACCUGGGAUGCUAACUCACUUCACUUAAGAAUCUGACUGAAAGAGUAAAAAUGUGAAGAAAACCCGUCUGUUACCCUCUCUACAGCCUUUACUUCAUCUAAAUCUCCUUCACAUUUGGUUACACAAACUGUUAUAAACUCCAUAGUCCCACUGUAGACUGCGUACUAGUCGUAUCUUUGCCAUUUUAAACUGUUCUCAAACAAUCGUGUAGAUGUCAUCCUAUUUCAUGGUACUUUGGAGGAAAACUAUUUAUAUUAAUUUAAGAGAAAGUAUAUUUAUUGUAACUUAUUUUUUGGUGAUCUGGUGAUCGCGCCUUGUGCGAGUUUUGGUGCAAUAAGUGUGGACGUUAUUAUACGUGCGGGGUGAUUAGAAUUAAUAAAUGAUUUUUCUUCUGAUGAUGAA